AUGGCGUGUGGAUGGGAGGACUCGACGCCCUUCCUGGUCGUAGCAGGUGCUGGGCAUUCGCCCGUGGAUGGCCGGUAUGCUCAGGAUGGAUUUCGUGAAGGCAAGCCCAAGUUCAAGAAGGUCGGUGGUGAGUUCAUCAUCUUCUUCAGAUGGGGCAUGUGGAAAUUGGGGGCCGAAGAGGACACCACCGUGUGGCUCUACGAGUCCAGCACCGGCGGCCCCGGCUCGCCCACCACGCCGACCAACUCCGGUGGCGCUUCUUCGAUGCCACCGAGCGCGUGGGUGGCGGCGCAGGCCAAACAUGGCCCGGCGCCCAGCGUCUCCUUGGGUACCUGCCGCGAUCUCCAGGAAGGUGAUGUGGUGACCAUCGUGAAGCAUCACGAGGAGGUCGACUGGUCCGGAUGCCCCGAAAGGUCUGAGGAGCACAAGCUGCUUUGCAGACCUGGGGAGGUGCUCAGCAUCCAUCGCCUGCGAAGACUUCGAGGAAACUGGUUUUACCCCAGCAAGUGCCCGGAGAAGGUCGCACCACUGGCAGUGUUGGGCACCGUGAACUUGAUGGGCAAGGCGCAUCGGAUCACGAAGCUGGAGCCUUCCACGGUGAGCUUCGGAGAAGAUGCUUCAAUGCCCUUCCUGGUGUUGAACGGUGCCGGGCAUUCACCAAUCAAUGGACGCUAUUCACAUGAUGGCAGCUUUUCAGGAAAGCCCAAGUACAAGCAGGUGGGUGGCAACUCCAUCAUCUUCUUCAUGUCCGGCAAGUGGAGAUUGAACGAUGAGGACGUCACCGACGAGCGCUGCUACGAUGCUGUUGAGGGUGAUGAGCCGGUGCCACCGAGCGCAUGGGUGAAGAUCAACAAAAGAUAUGGUGCAGCGCCCAAACUUUCCAUCGGAACUUGCCGCGAUCUCCAAGUCGGUGACUCCGUGGUGCUGAAAAAGGAUUCCAGGUCGAUUGAUUGGUCUGGCUGCCCGGAGAGUCGCGAUUCUUCGAGGAGGUUCUCCUUCUCAGCACCCAAGACCGUUACGGUGCAUCGCCUCCAGGGUGAAUGGUUCUACCCCGCGGAGUUUCGAACGCAGGUGGCGCCCGUGGCGGCGGUGCGCUCGGUGAACUUCAAUGGCAAGGCGCAUCGCAUUGAGGCGGAGGAGGAGGUUUCUGCAUCCUCAGGAGAGAACACUCCAACGGCCCCAGCGACUCCCAGUGCCUUUCUGGUGGUGCAAGGUGCUGGUCAUGCAGCAGUGAAUGGCCGGUACGUUCCACGGGGGAUGCUAGAAGGUCGGCCGAAGUACAAGCAGGUUGGCGGCAACUCGAUCAUCUACUUUUCCUCGGGCGUGUGGAGAUUGAAUGAUGAGGAGAACAUGCAGCAGAGGAAGUACGAUGGUGCGCAGAACGAUACCCCAACACCACCAAACCAGUGGGUGCAAGUUGACUCCAACCACGGUGCAGCGCCCAAACUUUCGGUUGGAACUUGGCGAGAUAUCCAAGAAGGUGACACUGUGACCCUUGGAAAGCGCCACGAGGAUGUCGAUUGGUCUGGAUGUCCCGUCAACAGUGCAGGAAGGUUGCGCUUUUCGCCCUCCCCCUGGAGCAUCACGGUCCAGAGGGUGCAGGGCCAGUGGUUUUAUCCAGCGGAGUUUGAGACGCUCAUCGCACCCUUGGCAGCCUUGGGCACUGUGAACUUGAUGGGUGAGACAUACCAAGUGGCAGAGGUCAUGAGUUCUUCUUCGCGGCCGGAGCAGAAAACGGCAGAGAAGGGUCAGAAGGGCAAGGAGAAGAUCUUGGGUGGAUAUGAUGAGGAAUGGUCUUCUGGGCAAGAUGUCCAGAAGUACAAGUGUGCCAUUUGCUUGCUGGUCGCCCGGGAUGCUGUGGUGCAUGAGUGUGGCUCCGACCUCUUCUGUGAGGGCUGCUGGAAGCGAUGUAUGGCCAAGGAUAGCAAGUGUCCGGUCUGUCGGAAGGAUGGCGCUAGCAUUGUCCCAGCGCACUUCGAGCGAUGCUCCAUCCUCAAUCUCAAGGUGAAGUGCCCCAACCAGUGUGGUCGGAGCGUCCCUUUGCACGAGAAGGAGACACACCUGGAGAAUGGCACGUGCACCUCGCAGAAUGCCGUCAGCUUCGAUGGUUUGGAUGUGACGGAUGAGGCGAACAAGGAAGUCUGUACAGCUUGCAUCAUUAGCUGA